GAUAUGGCAGCUUUGUGAGCGACCAGGUGAAACUUGCUUUGUUAAUUCCGUUUAGCUGGGGAACAUGAAGACAUUUUAAGUCGUUGACGGCAACGGGGCCUCGGUUAGAAAUGAUAUAUUUGAUAUUAAUUUCCGCAUUUUCUGGGGCGAUCGUCACGUUAGUGUUACAGUUCAUUUUCCUCUACCGGAGAAGCCCGGAGCCUAUAGGAAGGACAGUGCAAUAUGUCAAAGCAGUGCCUGAUCCCUUAUUGAAGGAUUACUUUAAUAACCAACAUGUCGAAUCGGGACAGCAACAGCAAGAAAGCACGACAUCCGCAGCAUCUAAACAGACAGAGGCCGCUUCUUCGAAGCCGCAGGAAGCGUCUGUCAGCAGUAGCCCGAAACAACAGCCGCCGCCACCGCCUUCUCAAAAUGAGUCGCUGAACACCUCCAAGUCGGAGACAUGCGGCUUUUUAAAUGCAAUAUUUUUGUUUUUGUUCCGGGAGCUCCGGGACACCCCGGUGGUUAGACACUGGAUCACCAAAAAAAUCAAGGUGGAAUUUGAGGAGCUGCUACAAACAAAAACAGCCGGACGGUUGUUAGAGGGUCUCAGUCUCCGGGAUAUAUCCUUGGGCAAUUCAUUGCCCGUGUUUAAGACUGCGAAACUUAUUAAGCCGGUCUCCGUUAACGAAGACGGCAUGCCAGAAGAGCUUAAUUUCGAGGUGGAUCUUGAAUACAACGGCGGGUUUCACCUGGCGAUUGAUGUAGACCUGGUGUUUGGGAAAUCAGCCUACCUGUUCGUUAAAAUGACCCGGGUGGUGGGCCGAUUGAAACUACAGUUCACUCGAAUGCCUUUUACGCACUGGUCCUUCUCGUUCCUGGAGGACCCGCUCAUAGACUUCGAAGUUAAGUCACAGUUUGAGGGACGACCGUUGCCCCAACUCACCUCCAUCAUUGUGAACCAGCUAAAGAGAGUCAUCAAGAAGAAACACACUUUGCCAAAUUACAAAAUAAGGUACAAACCUUUCUUCCCGUUUCAAGUCCAGCCCCCUCUGGCUUCCACCUGCGAGCAGGAUCUCUCGCUUGGGGACACGCGAUUGGUGGAGGGCCGGCUCAGGGUGACACUAGUUGAAUGUAGCAGACUCUUCAUCUUGGGCUCAUACGACAGGGAGACGUACGUCCACUGCACCUUUGAGCUGAGUGAGAGGGAAUGGAAGGAGAAGACGCGCAGCUCCAUCAAAACGACCGAAGUGGUGAAAGGGCCAUCGGGUAGCUGGGGCAUGACAUUCAGGCACGUGGCGGCCAGUGAAGGUGACGCUGUGCACGUGGGCAUCGAGACGGUGAUCCCCAACUCCCCUGCCGCCUUGGCUGACCUGCAGAAAGGAGACCGGCUCAUCGCCAUUGGAGGUGUAAAGGUCACGUCGUCUGUCCAAGUCCCUAAGCUCCUGAAGCAGUCAGGCGACCGGGUGAUGGUCCUGUAUGAGCGUCCGGUACGCCACCAGUCCCCCAGCGCAGGUGUCGCCACCCCCCAGGACCCGCUGACCUCGCUGGACGAGCCAGCUCUCCUGCCCCAGCCCACUGGCUAUGAGGAGGAUCCCGCAACCAUCACCACCAUGGACAUCUCGGAGAGCAAGGACAACGACUCGGAGUUCGAGGAGCUCAUUGUGGAGUCCAAACCGCCUGUGCAACCGCCCCCUGCGGUCAGCGCCUCAUCGAGUGUGAGCGCGGAGGCCAAGGAGGACUUUCUGCUGAGUGUAAACCAAAGCCCCAAGAGGACAGUGGCCACGCUGGCGUCCAAGCCGCUGGGCACCAUCUCGCCCAUCCUGAACCGCAAGCUCAACCUGGUGGGGCUCCAGUCCCCGCUCAAACCCCAGCCCAAAGAGUCGCCCAAGCCCUCGCCCUCGCACAAGAUCAACCCGGACACGCCCGCUGCUGCUGGUACCACCGCCACCGGAGGAGUAGGAGACGGCCCGCAGCGGCCCACCGUGCCCCCGCCACCUCCCCCGGCGCGACCCCCCGUGCCUCCGCGGCCGCACAUCAAGGUCACGUCGGUGCCGGAGACGCAGAGCCAGCCGGACGGUGCCGACGGAGCCCCCGCUGCCGAGAAGAGUCCUGAGAAAAGUCCGUCGGCUGCCGGCAGCGUCGGCGGAAACGGAGACAAGCCCGCCACUGCUGAGAAAUCCCCCAUCAAAUCCCCCGAGAUGAAGCCUUCGACGAAGCCUCCGGAGCCGGACACCAUCUCCAUCACGUCCACCGGCAGCAGGCCCGACUUGUCCAAAGACAAGACCUCCGAGCCGACCGGCAACUCUUCCAGCAACCGCGACAGCCUGGACGAGCAGGGCCUGUGGGAGUCCUCAGAGACCAUGUACCGCAAGAGGACGGCACACUGGUCCAGGGCCUCGGUGGUCUUCGAGGUGGACAGCCAGCACCGCUUCCUCAACGUGGCAUUCUGGUGCAAGGACCCCUUCAAGCUGGGCUGCUUGCUGUGCCUGGGCCAUGCCAGCCUGCGUCUGGAGCACGUGGCCCUGGAGUGCCUGUCCACGGCGUCGGCUGAGUACCAGAGCACGUUCCGGCUGGGCCCGCCGGAGCCGCGGGCCAGCGUCAGCCGCACGGCGCUGCGCAGCCUGACCACGCACAAGGGCUUCAACGAGAAGCUGUGCUACGGCGACGUCACGCUGAACUUCACCUACCUGGCCGAGGGCGAGCCGGAGCUGCCGCCGCCGUGCGCCACCGGGGCGGCGGAGAGGGAGCGCGAGCGGUCGGGCAGCCUGCAGGAGGACGACUUCCCGGAGCGCGAGAGGGAUCGGAUGGAGUCGACGCAAGCGUUCAUGCCGCGCGACGAGCUGAGCUACGCGUCCAUGGGCAUGGGCGAAAUGCGCCACAACUUCCAGGACACACAGUUCCAGAACCCCACCUGGUGUGAGUACUGCAAGCGCAAGGUGUGGACCAAGGCGGCGUCGCAGUGCAUGGUGUGCAGCUACGUGUGCCACAAGAAGUGCCAGGACAAGUGCCUUGCCGAGAACCCCUACUGCGUGGCGUCCGGUGACCGGCGCGGCGCCGACCCCGAGGCCAAGUCCACCAUCAACCGGGCCACCACGGGGCUCACGCGGCACAUCCUCAACACCAGCUCGCGCCUGCUCAGCCUGCGGCAGGUCCCCAAGGCCCGGCUGGCGGAGCAGGUGGCCGAGGCGGCGGUGACCGCAGGGGUGGCGGCGGGGGUUGGCGCCGGGGCAGCCAGCGCGGCCGAGCCCUCGCCCAAGCACACGCCCAACACGUCGGACAACGAGAGCAGCGACACGGAGACCUACGCCGGGGCCAGUCCGUCCAAGCACGCCGCCGCAGGCGGCGGCAAGCUGGCGCGCAAGGAAGGCGGCCUGGACGACAGCGUGUUCAUCGCCGUCAAGGAGAUCGGCCGCGACCUGUACCGCGGCCUGCCCACCGACGAGCGCUCGCAGAAGCUGGAGCUCAUGCUGGACAAGCUGCAGCAGGAGAUCGACCAGGAGCUGGAGCACAACAACGCCCUGCUGCAGGAGGAGCGCGAGGCCACCGCCGACGCCCGCCGGAAGGGCCUGCUGGCCGCCGCGCUGGCCAAGUCCGGCGAGCGCCUCCAGGCCCUCACGCUGCUCAUGAUCCACUACCGCGCCGGCAUCGAAGACCUGGAGUCGGUGGAGAGCACGUCGCCGUCCGAGCCGCACGGCUUCACCAAGGCCAAGGGCCUGGAGGGGGUACUGGAGGAGGACGACGACGCGCUCAUGGGGGCCGAGGUUUACGACAGCGACAUCUGCAGCCCCAUAGAUGCCAUGGAUGAAAUCACAGAUGAGCAGAUCUGUGUGGAGGCACUACCUUAGAGAGGGAAGGGAUAUGUGCCCCCCCACCAGUGAGCCCCCCCUCCCCCCACCCUCGGAGAUGAGGCAGAGAAGGGGGCAGUGAUAUAAGGUGGAGGUAGUUGUGUCAUUGGCUGGGGGCUUGUAACUCACUGAAAGAGCUUGUUCAAAUGUAUGUGUAGGCUGUUGUUUAAUGUGGUCUAUGUCCUGUGGACCAUGUCAGAAAACCAGGCCAUCAAAAGAUAUCAAUUAUUUUUUUAGAACGGAAGAAUAGAAUCGCCACUGACUGUCCAAAGUAGUCCCUACAAUCAAUCAAGUUAGUGUCCCCUUCUCCCUGCUGUUGGGUGCCUUUGAUCUGAGCGUUCACGCAGUCUGGGGCUGAUGUGACAAUGACCAGAUGUCCUGGUUUUCCUCUGCUGUGACAUCACGGAAGAUCCCACACCAUCAUAUCACUCAAUCAGGUGAACGUUGUGCUCGUUCUGCGCUCUAGCUGUGAAAUCAGAUGUUAGCAAGUGAGGACCUGGUGGCCAUACUGUGUCAUCUGGUUCAGUGGUGAGUUACCUUUAGAGUCCGUCAAGUCCACUAAUGUCAGAACCUCUCUGGCUUGAGUGAGUAACAAGCCCCCGUAAACCCAGACACACACACACACACACACACACACACACACACUCAUACACUCACUCACUUGCAUAAUUUACAGAAUAAGACAUAACAUUAAACAAGAGGAAAGAUUGAGAAUGUUUACUUAUAAUUUACUAAUAUUUUUUUCAUGUUCUGUAUGUUUAAAUGCAUCAUUGUCACUGUUUUUUUUUAAUCAAAUUGUCAGAACUUUUAAUUAUAGUGUGUUGUAUGCAGUCUUUUAAAAAAUCUUAUUCUUUUUUGUUUGUUCUUGUUUUUAACUUUGUCUGCCUCUCUCUCCCUGUCUUUCUCUUUAUCUGUCAAUGAAGCUGCAAGGGAAACACGUUUAUAAUUAUUGAAGGGGUUAUUAUUGUUUUUGGGGGACCAUUGGUUCACUUAUCUCUGAUUUAUUUAUCAUUAAGGCCAAAAUGGAUAGUAUGUGAUCAUGAAGCCAUUGUGAUAUAUAUGUUUGUUAGGGUUUUUUUUUGUCUGUUACAUGUUUUGGAUGUGUGUGUGUGUGUGUGUGUGUAUGAAAACAAUUGAAAAUCACAAACCAAUAUUGAUUAUUUAUUUACUUUAUUAAUAAUAAAUUCACUCUUUCUUUUUGCCACCCCUUUGUUGUUGUUAGUCUGAUUCCUCCUAGUUGGAGUACUUUGUUAUUUGGAAUCUUUAAGCUUUUCCCCUGUGAGGAGAAAAUGACUCAUUCUCCAUUUCCUCAUUUUGAAAAUGCAGUGACUUUACAGCUAUUGUCCUCUGCAUAUGGAUUUCCAUUUCAAGCUAGAUUUCCGGCAUUGUGCUAAUCUCUUAUAAGAGUGUGCACGCACACACACACACAGUUGUAAAAUGCCCGAAUUAAUGAAGGUUUUUGGAUUUUGUGUUCACUAAAGGAGUGCAAUUGUGCACAGAACACUUUUCUUGCGCCUUGGAAAUGAAUGAAUGUACUUUCCUCAGUAUGAUACUGGCACAACAACCCACUAAUACACACAAUAAAAAAAAGCAAAUAAAUAAAUAUAAGUCUGCUGGACAGCAAGCUUCCCUGCUCUUAUUAGUCCAUACUGCGAGUCGCUAAAAGAGAUACAGCUUUAUGUAAUAGCUUGAUAUUGAGCCAACCUUUAUAAAUUUAAUGGGGGUUGAAUUUGAUUCUAAAGUCUACUCUGACCCCUUUAUGGCUUGCCGACCACUAAAGUAACGGCAGGUCCUGACAGUCUGGCUUCUGAAGACGUAAUCACUUCAGAACAAAUUAAGUAAUUACUUUCAGAACAAAUGAUCUUGCCAAUAGAGACCCAUAGAGCAUCUGACCCUGGCCCAGGUCUGGCCCUGAUGCGUCUAGACGUCUAGAGUCAGAUUUUACCUGUCCAUAUGCAGUUUAGUCAGAAAGUGGUACGUCCAGAGCUGCCACACAAUAUCUUCACCCAUAUGACUGUGCCAUUGCAAAGGAGAGAUAAAGGGCUGUGGUCCUUUGGCAGUAAAAUGGUGGCGGUGGGAAGCAGAAUACAAAUACUCGGCUGCCUGGAAAAACUUCUUUCCCUUCUCCCUCAGUCCUCUCUUCUGCUGCACAAGUGUGUGUGUGUGUGUGUGUGUGUGACUUGAGUCAGGCCCUCUGAAGAGAUGUCACUUUGUUGUUUAAUGCAUGACCAGGUGCUUUGGGGUUCGCUGGCUGUGGGGAGGCAAAGCGUUCCCAGCGCUUCCACUGACCACGUGGCGCUGACACGUCGCUUCGUAAGAGUGCUGUGCUCUAGAAACUCCUUCUCUUUUCUCCCUCUCUUUUCUUUUGUUGGGGUUUUCAUUUCUUGAUCAGUUCUUGACUCUUUUGUGUGAUUUAUUUCACUGGUUGUCCACUGUUUUGUGUGGGACACCAGGUUUUUAAAUGGUUUUGUUUUAAGUUCCCUCAUGGCGUGUUUCUUUGUCUCCUCCCCUCUCCGACUAAAUCAACCAGUCAGAACAUUCAAACCUCACCUGAAGUAAUGACUGGAUCUGUCUUCUGUUUAUUCUUUGUUUGUUUGUUUAUUUGUUUGUUGCUUCUGCUGCUACUCCUUGUCGCUCUGACUCUGUGUUCCUGGACAAAAAAAAAAUCCAACAGUGCGUCUGUGUGCUCUCUGUCCCUCCCUCAGUCAAAGUUUCUGAAGUAUACUAAAUGGCGUGCGCCAUCUUCAACCACACAUGUGUCCAACAGUACAACAUGAACAGGCUGUAAAUGUAAUGCUCUUGUACAUAGCUUUGAGGAAAAAACGGCUUACCAUUGCUCCUAACCCUCACUUUGAGCUUUCUUCAAUUCCUGUGUAUGGGUCAGUAUGGUAUUUUAUUUUUUUCAGUCUCUUGGCUUAUUGUACAUACAGUCCAUAUUGUCCACAGCCCCCCCCCCCCCAGUACAGCUGCUGAAGAACUGUCCAGCUUCAUAAUGUGCUGCAAGUCCUUUUCGCACUAACAUAUCAUAUUUGCUUAUGCACUUGAAAUAAAGGUUAUUAUUUAAAAAUGA